AUGGCGUCGACUCCCACCGAGAAGAAGCCCCAUGUCCUCGACGAGCCGUCGCGUGACCUCGAGACCGCGAACGAUGAUGUGUCUGUUGGGAGGGGCGAUAUCCUCUCGCAGGAACACAUUGACCCUGUGCUCAAUGCUAAGAUGCACCUUGUCAACAAUGCCAUCGACGAGAUUGGCUUUACGGGGUAUCAGUGGAAGCUGUUCGUGCUGAAUGGCUUUGGGUACGCCGUCGACAGCUUGAUCUUGCUCAUUCAGAGCAUCAUCGCGGGGAAGGCGGCGCUGGAGUUCCAUCCUGGGUGGGCGAACGGGCUGACGGUUGCGGCGUACGUGGGCAUGCUUGCUGGGGCGAGUUUCUGGGGCAUCACUGCGGAUAUCAUCGGGCGGAAAUUCGCCUUCAACGUCAGCUUGAUGAUCUGCUCUAUCUUCGCCAUCGUGGCGGGGAGCAGCCCGAACUGGAUCGUACUGGGGCUGUUCGUGUGCUUGAGCAGUUUCGGAGGAGGCGGCAACUUGGUGCUCGACACGGCUGUUUUCUUGGAGUAUCUGCCUAGCAACAAGCAGUGGAUGCUUACGCUUAUGGCGUGCUGGUGGGGCAUCGGCCAACUCAUCGCCGGCUUCUUCGCCUGGGCCUUCCUCCCCAAUUUCUCCUGCGAAGACCCCUCCGUUAACCCCGAUGCACCGCCCUGCGUCUACGCCAACAACAAGGGCUGGCGCUACGUCUGGUUCACCUCAGGCGCGCUCGUCUUCGCCAUGAGCAUCGCGCGCAUCACCAUCAUCCGGCUGAAAGAAACGCCCAAGUUCCUCAUCGGCGAAGGCCGCGACGAGGAGGCCGUCGAAACGCUGCUCUUCAUCGCAAACAAGUACAAUCGACCGUGUAGCCUCACGCUCGAGCGGAUGGCUGCCUGCGGAGAAAUUACUCGGCGCCGCGAGGGCAGCAAGUGGAGUCCUGCGGAGGUCGGCAUCCAUCUGAAGGGUCUUUUUGCGACGCGCAGAAUCGGCUGGAGUACGUCGCUUAUCUGGGGGUCUUGGGUGUUGAUCGGGCUUGCAUACCCGCUGUAUAACGUGUUCCUGCCUCAGUAUCUCGCCAGCCGCGGGGCGCAGUUCGGCCAGAAGAGCGACUACAUCACGUGGCGGAACUACGCGCUCGUCAACUUCAGCGGCAUCUGGGGGCCUGUGCUCGCAGGGUGGAUGUGCAGUCGGCCGUGGCUGGGGCGCAAGUACACGAUGGUUGUGGGCGCGUUGGUGACGUGUGUGUUCUUUUUUGCGUAUACGCAGGUCCGAUCCGAAACCCAAAACACAGCCUUCACCUGCAUCAUCAACUUCUGCCUCAACAUCUACUACGGCACCCUAUACGCCUACACGCCCGAAGUCCUCCCCUCCGCGCACCGCGGGACCGGAAACGGGCUUGCGGUCAGCGGAAACCGCAUCAUGGGUAUAUUAAGCGCUGUAAUAGCUACGUACGCGGAUACGGGGACGGCGGUCCCGAUUUAUAUUUGUGCGGCGCUGUAUGUGGUUAUGGCGGGGAUAGCGGCGGUGUUUCCGUUUGAGCCGUAUGGGAGGCGGAGUUCGUAG